CUGUUUCUUUUUUGGAAUAUUGGAAGAGGAAAAGCGCCAGUCUUGCACACCAUUGGGAUUGCAUGGAUUUUGAAGAAGAAGAGGAGAGGCCUCGUCCAGAAUUUGCAGCUAAGGCUCCCUGUGUUGAACGAAAUCCAAUUACAGGAAUUAAAGAGCCAUCUUUUCCCACAUCUAUCAGGUACAAGAGAAUAGCAAUUGGAUCAGGUGCUAUACUCGUGAUGAUGGCCUUAGUUAUGAUAUUCAUCGUUGCUGUUAUCAUUUAUCGCAUUUUGGUGUCUAUAUUUCUAUUUAGAACGGANUAA